AUGCCGAAGUCGUCGAAAGUGUACUAUUACGCCGUCAAGAAAGGACGGAUACCCGGUGUUUACCUGACAUGGGAUGAAUGCGAUGCCCAGGUCAAAGGCUUCUCCCAACCUGUCUUCAAGAAAUUCGCAGAUCUCGCGGAAGCAGAAGAAUGGGCUAACGCGAAACUCAUCCAAUCGUCGCCAACAUUCCAUGCUCCCACGGCGCCAACAUCACCGUCAAAGCCCAAAUCUUCAUCCUUUGCAUCUAAAUCCUCACCCAUCAAACCAAUAUUGAAGGCCUCUGCCGCAGCAUCUUCGAGCAAGCCAAACUCGACAUCAGUCAAUUAUGUGGCGCCAUCCUCAAACCUAUUCGACGAUGAAUGGGAAGAGGUCUAUACGGACGGUGCUUGUCGUAACAAUCAGGGCAAGGCAUUGAAGAAGGGUCCGCCACCGAAGGCUGGUCUGGGUGUCUGGUGGGGUCCCAAUGAUCCUCGAAAUGUCUGUGAACGAUGUCCAGGAGAACAGACAAACAACAGAGCGGAACUGAUCGCAAUUAUCCGUGUCCUUGAAAUGACGCCCCAAUCCCAGAAACGCAUUCGAAUCAAGACCGAUUCCAAAUAUUGCAUCAACUGUGCGUCGCCACCUUCCCUCACACCAUACCGCAUAAUAUCCUGGUUCUCCCAAUUGACAAGCUUCUUCACUUCCUCGCUCAUCGCGUAUCACUUAUUACUCUCCACAGGCAUCUACGACUGGCUCCCCAAAUGGCAAUCGAACUCCUUCCUUACCGCAAACGGCAAACCCGUCUCAAACGUCCCCUUGAUCAAAUACCUCGCCGCCCUUCUCGACCUCCGCUGCAUCAACAACCAAAAGAUCCGGAUUGUGUAUGUCAAGGGACAUUCUGACUCUGCCGGUCCUGACUCUGUCGGGAACAACGCGGCGGAUACGUUGGCGGUCCGGGGAUGCGACUUAGCGGAGGAGAUUGAGGAUGAUUGGGACGCGUUGAGGGCGCUGGUUGAGGAGGAGACGAACAUGAUCAGGGAGUUGAGAGUUAAUGGUUUGACUGAUGCUAUGGGCUCAAAUGCAGGUAUAGCCGCACAAGCAGGGAAACCUGGGCGGCAGACGACAGUGGAGGUUGAGGAAGAGAAUGUGGUUAAGGAGAUUACGAUCAGCAAAGAGGAAUUUGACCCGAGGGACCUGGAUGGUUUCGAGCUUCUCAGCGACGAUGAGAUGGAGGAGAUGGCACAGAACCAGUCGUUCUGAGGAAAUAUAGGAGAAGUCCUGCUUUUGCAUAUUGUACUACUAACUUUC